AUGCUUAACGGAUAUACAAUGUACCUUCGAGUCAAACGACACAGUCAGACAUUCUUUAUCACAUGCGAUCCCGGUGAUACGAUAAGACAUAUCAAGGAGCAAGUUGCCAUUGCCACCAAGAAUGAACUGAAGCCAGAUGAUCUCAGGCUGCUCUUGCCCAAUAAGAAGAAGGGCGCCGCCAUUCUCAAGGACGAAGAUACCCUACAAACGCUGGAAAUCAAGAGUGAUACCGUAUUGCACAUGGUGUCAAAGAUUUCAGAUAAUGAAUGGGAACCAGUCGAUGUCUAUCCAGAUCCAAUUUCGGACAAGAGCUCAUAG